GAGAGAGAGAUGACGACGAUACGGCGGUUCUGUUGCAACGACCUUCUCCGCUUCGCUUCCGUCAACCUCGACCAUCUCACUGAAACUGUAAGAUCUCUCCCCCUCUCCCCCUCUGCCCAAUCCCUGCUUUCCUUUUGAUUUCCUCACAGCAAUGGCGUUCGGCUUUCGUAGUUUAACAUGUCAUUUUACAUGACCUACUUGGCGAGAUGGCCCGAUUAUUUUCACGUCGCCGAAGCCCCCGGAAACAAAGUCAUGGGAUACAUUAUGGGGAAAGUGGAAGGACAAGGCGAGUCCUGGCACGGCCAUGUGACUGCGGUUACGGUGGCCACGGAAUUCCGCCGGCAGCAAUUGGCCAAGAAGCUUAUGAACCUGCUGGAAGAUAUCAGCGACAAGAUUGAUAAGGGGUACUUCGUGGAUCUUUUUGUGAGAGCAUCAAAUACGCCUGCGAUAAAGAUGUACGAGAAGCUUGGAUAUAUAAUCUACAGACGGGUGCUUCGCUACUACUCUGGGGAGGAAGAUGGCUUAGAUAUGAGGAAAGCGUUAUCUCGUGAUGUGGACAGGAAAUCAGUCAUCCCUCUCAAACGACCUAUUACUCCCGACGAACUGGAGUACGAUUAAGUAUCAAAGUGCUGAUGCAGUAGCUUAAUCUGUUGAGCUUGACAGCAGUGGAAGAAGCUACUCUGUGAUAUAUAGAUUGAUUCUGGUAACUUAUUUGGUUUGAUGCUUGGUGAAAUCCUAUUUCAGAUAUUCCUGAGGCCGUCGUCUGGCUAGAAAGUGGUGGGACUUGAGACAGUUGUUGUGUAGAAGUGUUAGAAACCGGCGGGUUGGGCCGGUCGGGUGAGGGGAGUGGCAGUUUUGUUAUUUUCAUUAUUUCUGUUUUGUAUUUAAGAGGAGAGAACACUAUUCUGCAGAUUAGUGAAUAAUCAAUAUUACAAUCAAAAUCCCUAAAUUCCCAAUUCUCUCUAUCUCUUGUUCUUCCUCAA